UCUCCAUGGCAUCUGGAUGGACCGCAUUCGCCAGACACUGGGACUCGCUCCCGAUUUGCUGGCCUGGAGGGCGCUCCGAGGCCCGCGGAUCCCAAGCACAGUAAUUCGGCAUCCACUCUGGCGCUGCCGUUCCACCAUCGCUUCCGACGCGUUCGACGCGGCCUCAACAGCGCCACCGGCACCGCCUGCCAUCGUCCUUCGGGACUACCAGGAGGAAUGUAUUCAAUCGGUGUUAUACCACCUGGACCAAGGGCACAAACGCCUAGGAGUCUCGCUGGCAACUGGCGCCGGAAAGACCGUCAUCUUCACCCAGUUGAUCGGUCGAAUUCCCCCGCGAGAUGGUCGCCAUGACCAGACCCUCAUCUUGGUCCAUCGAAGGGAGCUUGUCGAGCAGGCUGCGCGACACUGCCGGCUGGCCUAUCCCGAUCGCACCGUGGAGAUUGAGAUGGGGAACAGUGUCGCGUCUGGGUCGGGCGACAUCAUCAUCGCCUCGCUCCGGAGUCUCACGUCCGGGGAUAGAAUCUGCAAGUUUGAUUCCAGACGCUUCAAGCUAGUCCUCGUGGAUGAGGCACACCAUAUCGUGGCGCCAACCUAUCGCAGUGUUCUCGAGUAUUUUGGCCUCGACGAUCCGUCGCCCGAUUCGCCCGCUCUGGUCGGAGUGUCGGCCACGUUUUCGCGCUUCGACGGACUCAAGCUGGGCGCUGCGAUCGAUCAUAUAGUGUAUCACAAGGAUUACAUGGAUAUGAUUGAUGAGAAAUGGCUGUCUAACGCGUUCUUCACCACCGUCCGGUCCGAAGCGAAUCUCUCCCGAGUCAGAAAGGACAAGUUUGGCGACUUUGCCCUCAGCUCACUCUCCGAAGCCGUCAACACAAACAAGUCGAAUGACAUUACUGUACGUGCCUGGCUGGCCAACGCGCAGGAUCGCAAAUCCACCCUGGUGUUCUGUGUCGACAUCGAACACACUAGACAGCUCACCGAGGCGUUCCGGGAAGUCGGCAUUGAUGCCCGCUAUAUCACGUCGGGAACUCCCAAGGACAUGCGGGACGAGCAGCUGCGCUUAUUCAGGGACCAGGAAUUUCCCGUGCUUCUUAACUGUGGUUUGUUUACCGAAGGCACCGAUAUCCCGAAUAUCGACUGCGUACUGCUCGCCCGGCCGACACGGUCUCGCAAUCUUCUCAUCCAGAUGAUCGGACGAGGCUUGCGGCUAUACCCGGGGAAGAAGGAUUGCCAUAUUAUCGACAUGGUUGCUACCCUGGAUAUUGGUGUUGUUUCUACCCCAACUCUUUUCGGCUUACACCCGGAUGAGCUCCUAGAGAAUGCAAAGGCCAAGGAUCUCAGAGACAAGAAGGAAACAGCAGGGGGGCAGUACACUGAACAGCCACCAGAGACCGAAAUUCCCGCUGACGAGUCUGAUGUGUCCGAUGACAUCAAAAUCACCUUCACCAAAUACGACACCAUCUACGACCUGAUCCAUGACAUGAAGUCCGAAAAGCACAUUCGCUCCCUCAGUCGCUUCGCCUGGGUGCGAGUCGACGAGAACAAAUACACGCUCUCCGAUUCAACCGGAUGGAUCACCCUCGACAAAGAAAAGCCCAGCCCCAGCAACCAAAACGCAAAUGACACGUCAGCAUCCUACACCGUUCACCACGUCAUGAAGUUCAAAUCCACCACGGAAACCACUCAGUACACCCGUCCACGUCUUAUUGCCACCGCCACCGACUUUGAGUCGGCCGUUCAUGCCGCAGACACAUUUGCGGCCUCCGAGUUCGACGAGCGGUAUAUCUCCACCCGACAGCCCUGGCGUCAGCAUCCCGCCACCGCAGCCCAGGUAAAUAUGCUGAACAAGGCGAAGAUCCGGAACGGACGAAUCGCCCCUGGCGAUCUGACCCGCGGCCAGGCAGCAGAUCUGAUCACGAAAUUGAAAUUCGGAGGGAAGAAACGGUUUGACAAGACGCAGAAAAGGCGUCGAGCUUUCGAUGACAAGGCUCGGGAGAUGGCCGAGCUGAGGAGACGCGAAGAGGUCCGAGUGGGACCUGUAGAGGGGUGAAUACUAUCAGCGUUGAUAUUGCUCCUAUCGCUCCCCAAAUUCUCUCCUAUCUGCAUUCGGUUCAUCGAACCAAGUUCAAUGCUAAGUCAUAUCAGGCUAAGCUAAUCCAAUUCAUAUCCCGUUAGCCUAUUGGAGCAUCUUAAUUGUGAUGCUAUCUAUGUAAGCGCUUCUUGUCAAGCAAGUUCAUGUAGCUUGAAUGUUUAUCGAAUCCCUUAAAAUCCCUAAUCUCGCAGUAUGAAAGACCGCAGCAGCG